GCGUUUGGGAGGCAACAGUUCAGGGCUCAUGGCAGACAACCGUGGCCGCGUUCCGACCCCAGUGGUCACGACCCAAGUCGAUGCGGGAUCGUCAUCGCGCACGAACCGACAUGCGUGGAGCUUUGUUCAGAUGAACAUGAGUCUGCUCCCCAUUGCGCGGCCGCUGCCCGUGCACACAAGUCCGUCGUCGUUGUUGCAGAAGAAAAAGGCAUUGAAAUGCAAACCUCGCACUCCGAGCAAUCACGCUGCCGACAAACCCGCCAGCAUUAGUCCACGUCGGCAAGGGGAGCUGAUGCCGCAAGAGCCAUCGCCGCCCAUGCGAACCCUUCGGGAACUUGUGCUCCGUCGACAAGACGAGUCAGCGUCGUCGUCGACUUCGUUUGUACCCCGCCUUCUCAACCACCGUCCGCGAUGUUUCAGCGACGAUUGUGGAGACACGAAUCCUGACCGUGUCCACCUCCACCACCAGCACGACCGCGGCUACGUGAGCGAUGUCGACAUGCACACCACCAGUUCUUUGCCCGCGAUGAUCGUCGUCGAACCCAACCCAACCCCCCCAGCCUCGGAAGACGACGACGACAAAGCGCUAGUCCGCGUAAAGCGCAUCUUGGAAAUCCUGGACGAAGAUCGAUGCAAAGAAGAUGCCAUGCACACACCACCGCCCCGCACUGCCAAGCGGCUUCGGCGAUGCGAUGUGUAACUUCGUUAAUUUAUGCGACAUCGUUCCCC